GGGCGUAUGGGCCGUGAAGUGAAAAUCAUUUCCACAAACAAUGGCAACAGUGAAAGACGAGAAAUAUUCACCUCAGUCGCUAGAGUGCCCCAUCUGCAAGAAUAUCUUCAACGACCCAAAGAUCUUAUCAUGUCUUCACUCGUUUUGUCGCAAGUGCCUGGAGAGCUACGAUGUGAUCGGCGCGGGCACCAACUCAAUCGUUUGUCCCCUCUGUCGAAAGCUGACUGCCAUUCCGGUGGGGGGAGCCCAGAUUCUGCCCAGCAACUUUCUGCUAACAAACGCACUGGAUCACUUGUCCGUAAAAUCAAGCAAGGAGUAUACACUACACUGCACAAACUGCGAGGACGAGGCAGCAGCGACGUCUCGAUGCUUGGAUUGCGCCGAGUUUCUGUGCUCGAACUGCGUUUUGGCUCACCGACGGAUACGAGUAACCAAGGACCAUCGUAUCCUGUCGCUUGACACGCUUCAGGCAGAUAAACAGACGCUUCAUCGUCCGUCUUUCUGUACUCAGCAUGCAGACGAGAUGUUCAUGUUUUAUUGCGUGCCAUGUGACUGCUUGAUCUGCCGCGAAUGCACGAUUCUUGACCAUCGAGGACAUAAGUAUGCAGGUAAGGCCUUAAAAGCAAGAAUAGUCAAACUUUUCAGAAGCGUAUAUAGCGCGUACAGAUCAGGUGCUUAAGAUAUCGAUAUGGUUUCGAAUGUAGCCGAUAAGCGUACGAGUACCAUUGAUGAAAAAGAUCAAUAACUGAAAACACUACGUAAUUCUCUGUCACAGCGAACAGGAUCCCGCCAAUGAAAAAAGAUAAGACUGGCCGAUACAAUAAAAUUCAAAGGCGUAAAAUUACCACUCUACAAAAAUGUUAUCCUUCAUCUCCGUUUGGCACUGAUUUUUUCAGCUUACAAGGCCCCCGCGCGAGUAGAAAUCCAAUGGAAAGAGACUUCAACUGAGUGAUCUGCUCUCACUAGCUGUCCAUAUAGUGAACUGUCAUUUUUUCAGCAAAAGCAUUUUUCUCUUAUUACCACACAAAAUACUAAGCUGGUUUCAAGGAGCAAAAAACACUAAGCUUGCUUUGAGACAAGGUAAUGAUAAAAGCAUUGCAAACUAUGAAGAAUAAUGCAUUUUUGGGGGAGCAAAUUUGCAAAGACUGGGAAAAAAAUGAUGAAGCUUGUCAUGCACUUUUCUACUAUGGUUUGUUGUCAAAUGUUCAUGUAAAGAGAGAAAGUUCAAGCAGUACAGAGGUGGACCAGUUAUUAACUCUAGACUCAAGAGAGAUUUAAAAAACAAGCAAACGGAAUUUCCUCUUUUUUAACCGUUCACCACUAGAUCGUAGGUUUGCCGUUCAUGUCAAAAGAAAAUCAUGUUUAACAUUUUUUACGAAGAGAUUUCGUUGUAAAAUCUAUUUAAAAAAAAUUAAGAUAGAUGGGCAUUUUGGCGAAUUGUGCUACAUUUCAAGACUAGAAUCUGCUUUAGGGCUUGAAGGCGCGGGAUUCGAAGUGCUUUUAAGUUAAUGCAAACAUAUUGCGACAGUCCAUACAAAGAACAAAAACACAGCAGAAUAUUCGUGAACAUAACCUUAACAGGUUUUGAAAUCAAAGUGACAUGGUUAGAUGAAAAGAGUACCUGUAAAUGGAGCAAGUGGCUCAAAGCUUAAAGAAAAUAGGUGAAAACAGGUGUGAGAUACUCCUUUGAACGAUCACCGACGUUCUUUGUUUUGUAUAGACUCCGCACUUCUUUGGUUAUUUUCUUGCAAACUAAAAAUUCGGUUUCAUCGUCAGAGGAGUUAUUUAGGUAACUGGUAAAUGUAAAGAAAUUGAUAACGCUGACGUUUCGAGCGAUAAUCAAGUUGUUUGAGUAAAUCUAGGGAACUCAAAAAAUUGUGGGUUGUGUGGAAUUUACCUAGUAGGGCCCCGUGAGUAGAGGAGCUUAGGGUUAGGGUUAGGAAAAUCUUUGUUGAUUGGUUAACUUAUGGCCUGCAUGGGCGUGUCACAAGUCCCCCCUUUCUCCCCCGGCCCUCAACUUCGAACGUCUGCCACUUAUUCUAGGGCUCAGCUAGUCUCCUUUGCAGCCGUCGGACUGGAGUCACGCAAGCUCCCCGCCCCCACGCGUUAGGGCUCAGUCCACACGAAUACAAACAUGAACCAGUGUAACCGUAUCUUUUUGAACCCCUCUCUCCAGAGGAUUUUUCUUGCAGAGGAAGCCGGAUAUUUUCGAAUUUAGUUAGGUAUGUGGUUUCAGGCCGUCCGCUUCGUGUGACGGGUUUAAGCCUUUCAUCACUCAUCCUGAAAAUCUUUUUUAGGUCUAAAGGAAGCCCUAGAAGAACGAAAAGUACUCAUCGAUGACCGUCUGAAUUUCUGCAUUGAAAGAAAGAUCCCCCCGGUCCAAGAUGCCGUGCAUGAGGUCAAGGCCAUGGCCGCUAAGCUGCGCGCACGCGCAGAAGCCGUUAAAAGUGAGAUCAGUGCCACAGCGGAGGAAUGCGUCAAACGAAUCGUCAGCCGAAAGCAAGAAAUACUGGCAAGGGUAAACUACUCAAUUACAAUGGUUCUAUAAAGAGUUAUUCUCAGGUUGUUUUUUCUCGGUUUUGGAGAAUAAACAGUUAAUUAUGUUUAUUGGGUUUUCAAUUUCAAAACCACUUUUUUCUUUCUUUCCUCUCGAUGUCCGGAACUCAAUAAGGGACAUUCCAUUUGAUAUCCACACACCCCGUCCCCAAGAGGUGGGAUUUUCUGUGGGGAGCCUCGAAAGUUACUGUUGAGGGAGUUGUUUCGGCACUUUUAAUAUCUGGAUUAUUUCUGAGGGGUACGGAAAAAAAAAAUCCCUUUUCUUGAAGGGCUAAAGAAAAAGGGAGGAGUUUCUAAGAGGGUGGAGGAUUGUGUCGCUAUUUUUUUAAUCUUUUUUUUUUUUUUGGGGGGGGGUAAAAGUCGAGUUAACUCAUUUAUAGCGCGGCCGGGGGUGUUGAAAUUAAAUCGAAUGGACAUGAUUACGUAUGUUUUUUUUUGCUUCUUUCAGGUCGACAGCCUAGAACAAGAAAAAAAGAGGCCGUACUCCGCAACCAACAGGGCCAACUCGAGACUGAACUCUUUAAGUACACGAGCUCACGUGACUUUGUAGAGAACGUUCUUCUACAUUGA